UCUUGUAACCAUUGGCCGUAAAUAAAUAAAAAAAAAAAAUUAGAGAAACCUGCCUGAGAAAUAGUGAGAAACUGUAGCUCGGUGUGCUUUGUUGGCGCUGGUGUGAAUCAUUUUAUUCCGUAGUAAUACAAUUUGGCGGUAAUAUUUAAUUGAAUAACAAUGGCUCUCGAAGGUGGAAUGUCCUGUGUAAAGUACCUCAUGUUUUGCUUCAAUCUUCUGUUUGCCAUUACGGGAUUGAUCAUCCUGAUAGUUGGCAUCAGGGCUGAAAUAAACUCGUAUCCUUACAUGAACUUCACCGAUGAGAACUUCUACAAGUUCGCUCCGAUCGUUCUCAUCAUUGUCGGCAUUAUUGUUUUCAUUGUCGCGUUCUUCGGCUGCUGUGGCGCUGUCAAAGAGAACCACUGCAUGAUAAUAACGUUUUCAGUAUUCCUCUUGAUCAUAUUCGUGGCUGAACUGGCUGUGGGCAUCGCUGGUUACAUGAAGCAUACGGACUUGGAAGAUUCGGUUAUGCGCAACCUGAACGCUUCCAUUACUCAAUAUCCGGUAGACAAGAACGUCCAGAAGACCAUUGAUAUCAUACAAACGGACUUGCAAUGCUGCGGUAUAAACAGUCCGGCCGACUGGGCCGAUCACGGUCUGCCCAUACCGAGCACGUGCUGCUCCGCCCAGGAGAUCAAUAACGGCGUCGUCGCGGACUGCACCGAGAACUCGACCAACUUCCACUCGAAGGGAUGUCUUACUAAACUGGUUGUUCACAUGAAGGACAUUGGUAUGGUGCUCGCCGGCGUUGGAGUCGGUAUCGCUUUGGUUCAGCUCCUCGGUGUGAUAUUCGCAUGCUGCCUCGCUCGUUCCAUUCGCAGCCAAUAUGAAACAGUUUAAAUUACAACAAAAUACAAAACAAAACUUAUAUGAUAAAACCAUUACUAAUAAGAAUAACGAAAUUCAAUUCUAUUUCAUUACCUACCUAUAUUUAAUGUUUAAACGUGUAUUGUGAUAAGUGUACCUACUCAAUCCUAUCUGUAUAUUUUGAAAUGAGUUUUUUUUAGUUUAUUUUUAUAUUCACGUUCUUUUGUUGAAGGAUAAAAGACGAUUUAACUUUAAUACAUUUAAUUUGUUUUUGAAUAAUAAUUGAAAGUACAAUUG